CUGUCUUUACGGCAUCAUGACAUCUGGAGGAAUUUCUCUCAUCAAUAUGUCGUAUUGGGAGUGUGGUAAAAGGAGGGUGCGGUUCUUGUAUCUUACAAACAACAACUCGUUUAAUGUUGCUAAACCAAGCACAAAUGAGGAUCAGAUGAUCCCUCUCUUUCUUGGAGCUGAUCUGUUCUCAGACACAGACGUUCGCAGUGAAAACCAACCCAGAUACCAUGCAAAAUUUGCUAAACGAGGAUUGGCGACCAAACUGGUUUUCCCAUCAGACUACAGAUUCCAAGGACUGCGACUCCCUUAUUCCAACAACAGUCUGUGGUUCUAUAGUGUUCAUGGAGUUUUUCGAGUAGCAUUCGAACUGUAUAGCAAACCAGAUCAGCUCUCAGUUAUGGAGUCAUUUCAGGAUCUAUGGAAAUCUCGAAUAAACGACAACAACUUGAACAUGACCUAUCAUCUUGGUGCCCAGGAUGUUCAACCCCAAAAUGAUCAAGAGGCACAAACAAUUUUGGAAAAUAAUAAUACAUGUUCAUCAUACCAAGUCCAUCGACAGUCUGGCGAAGUAGAAACAAACUUCUUUCCAGUAGUCACAGAUCAGUCAGAUAUUUCAUCAUCUUCAGACCAUGACUACUGUUCCUCAGGGCAAACAAACUUAAGGCAGUCUACUUUACUUACACAGAAACUUCAAAGCCUUGGGGAAAAAGUGAAGUUAUUUACAAGUAUUGAAGCAGAACAUUUAAAGACUGCCACAAAGUUCCUGGACUAUGUUGAAUACUGUAUUACUGGGAUGAUUGAUGAGGAAAAGCUGAUGGACACUGUGAUGGCCCUGUUUCAAACUCAUUUUCAGAGCUACUCCAUCUACUCAAGCAGUCUGCUGAAGGCUGUGGCAGGUUGGCUUGGCCAGCAGUUCAAUGCAGCCAACAGCACCAUUAGCCACCGGGUUGAAGGAUUUAAGGCCCAACACAUUGAGCACAUUACAAACUUGCCGCCUCCAGAGGAGCUGGCAGCUGAACUUUUCCCAGAGGCAAUGCGAAAUCUUCUUGCACACUGGAUGGGUCUGAGUGACGAGGCAGAAAACUGGAAAAGACACAGCGAAUACCCCAUUUUAUUACUUAUUCUAGAAUUUGCUAAUCACAAUCUUAUCACAGGAGUAGCUCAUGUCUUGUAUUCCAGUCUAAUAUGCAAAUAAGUAUACUUAGAGGUAGGUUAUACAUUACAUAUCAUUUGGUCGCAGUUUUGUAGGUUUAUAGCCUUAAAAAACACAAAUGAUUCCAAAUAAUUAGUUUCUUUAAAAGUCAAAUGUUUAUGUCCUUUCCACAGCUAGCUGUUGACAGAUGUAGUAUUUUGUCCUAAAAGGAAUAAAAAGACAGCGAUCUCAUGAUUUUAGGCCAACCUUUUAAGAAAUUCUGAACAUGAAAACAUGACAUUUUGCAUACACUGCUUAUAAGAGCUUCCCCAGAUUACUAUAAAGAAUGUUUAAUGCAGUCAUGUUUAAUGUUUGAUGCAGUCCAAUGUUCAUAAAAAUAUUCAGGCUGAAAGUUUGAAUCCAAACACAAGAGGGCAGCAGAACAUCACGUACAUGUUCUCAUCACUGAAAAAUAAAACACCUUGAACAUCAAACAUUUCAAAAUUCAAUUUUGUUUGCAAUUCAAUUGUAUAACAAAACAAAAUAAUAAUAAAUCAAAUAUUUAAAUAAUUAUAAAGAAAUGUUACUUUUUUUUUUAAAGAGACAAACAAUAUCGUCUUAUCUUAAUUGGGCAGCAAUAUGUCUGGCAACUGACAAAUAUGUAUAUAUAAAAAAAUUACUAUUAAUUAAUCAUUAAUUUAAUCAAACUCACAGGCCUUUUUUGGGGUGAAGAUAUUCAACCAUAUACGCUUAUACCUGAAAGUGGUUUCUUACCACGUGGAUAACAUUACAGUAUUACAGUCUUCUUCUGUCAUUUACUUUGAAAUAAAUGUCUGAUCGUUUAGGCAACUCCCCUAGCGAUCGCGUCAUAUUUCAUUUUCCUUGAUCAAACUGUUGUGGUGUUAUGGCUUUCAGUUGUAGCAUCCCCUAUGGGCAGAAUUUCAUGCAACUUUUAUUGUGCGUCCUCAGAAUGCCCUGUUGUCUGAGUAAAAUUUUGUUAAAUCUGAAUAUAGAUCAAAUCAUCAAAAUGGGUUAUGUAAGGCCAUUUAAAUGGCUUACAACUUUGUAACGCUUGAUAAACCAAAAUUAUUUGGUUUGGAUUUACCCCACCAAGGCUGACAUUUCUUAUGACUUGCCUGGAUUCUUUUAGGGCAGAAAAGGAAUAAUUGGCAAAAAAGUACAAUACAAUAGGGUUCUAACACAUUCUAUGUUUGGAUGAAAAGAGUAAAAUAUCUAAAUAAAAUAGAAUAUAGGAUUCGGCAGAGCUUCCCUGAUGGAAGAACUGUGAAGAGUCUAUGUCUGGGGUGGUGAAAGUCUUUAAUGAGUCACCUGGCCCUGCAUCGCUGGUUGUAAAUAUCUGUGAUCCAGGGAAGGGAGGUCCUGUUGGCCUUCUCUGCUGUCCUCAUCACUCUGGACAGCACCUUUCAGUCCCGGCCCAUGGUGGCUCUCAAAUCAACUGGGGCCUCAUUUAUGAAGUGUGCGUAUGCACAGUGAAUCACACAUACGCAUAUUUUGAGAGAUGAUCGUAAGAUCAAUUUUAGGAUGGUUUCUGCACAACAUUUUAUAAAUGAGACCCCUGGUGAUGCUCCUUGUGGGUAGACACUCCACAACCCCAGUGUAGAAAGUUCUCAGCAACCUGUCGGAGACCUUGACACUGGCCAAGCGUUGGAGGUGGCACAGACGCUGUGUGAUGUGUGUGUGUUGUCUAGCAAAGACCUUCUGUGAGGUGGACCCCAAGUCGUCGUCUUAACCAUUGCACCAUUGAUCAGCAGGGGGCUGUAGUUCCUCGCCUGCUUCCUCCCAUAUGUAAUCCUGUAUGGCUGUAGAUUCUCUGGUCUCGUCUGGAGCCAUAGACCUUCCUCCUCUGCCCACUGGUCCCAAUCCAGCAUGAAUUACUGUCUGGUUCUAUUCAGUUCCCCGACCUCUCCUCCUCUGCUGGUUCCUUCCAGCAUAGGUGAUCCCCUGGUUCUGUCCAGUUAGUUCUAUCCAAUUUAAAGGACUCAGAGUGGUUUCUUCCAGUUCUUAGGCCAUGACUUCUCAGGCCAUAGUCUCCUGGUCAUCCAGUACCACCGUGGUCUCAGGGUUUCAGUCUACAACCAUUUGGCCCCACCUUGGGGUGUAACCCCGGUGUCCUGGCCAAAUUCCCGCCACUGGCCCUUGUCAAUCAUGGCCUCCUAAUAAUCCCCAUCCAUUUGAUUGGCUCUAUGACUCUCUCUCCUCUCCACCUGUAGCUGGUGUGUGGUGAGCGCACUGGCACCGUUGUCCUGUGGCUGCCGUCGCAUCAUCCAGGUGGUUUAGGCGAGACCCCUUAUAUGACUGUAAAGUGCUUUGGGUGUAUAGCAAUACACAAUAAAGCACUACAUAAAUGCUUCAUUCAUUCACCUUGGCCCUUCAAGGACACAAAUCUGCCUCUGCCCUACAACCCUUCAUUUUCAUGUGGAUCUCCAGCCUCUUGACUCCACCAUGGUCCUCCAGCCUUCUGACUUGAUCAGGGUCCCUUGUCCUUCUGAAUCGACCAUGGUCUGUUAAUCCCAACUCUGCCAUGGUCAGUGGUCCCUGUGGAUCCGCAUCCCUUUAACUCUGGCAUGGCCAUCCACUCUGCGCGGCUCAAGGCCUUCUAUCAGUUAUGGACUCCAAUGUAUUUACAUUUCUAAUGGAAGAGCUCCUAAAAUUAUGGACAGCUGCUUGGGAGUUCAUUAAAAUAACAGGUUUCUGCGUAGCUUCAUGUGCUCUAUAUCAGGCAGAUUGGUCUCUAGGAGAUGUCCAGUUUUUGCGCUCUGCAUGAUUCAACAGAUGAUUCUAUCUUAUGCAUAAAGAAAUGGUAUUUGAAUAUGCCAAAAAACAAGAAAGACUGGGGAUGUUUGGAUUACUAUUUUAUCCAAAAUGCACUGAGCCACUUUGGUUUGAAAAGGAUAUUUACUUUUGGAUUUUGAACAUUUUGAUUUGAACAAAUACUGUCAGGCAACUAUACUAAGUGUACAAAGUAUAGCCUAUGUACGUUUACCUACGUUUUUUUAAAUUACAUCAACCAAAAUGUAAAAGUUAGGACUGCCUUCAUAUAGGAACUCCUUAGUGGUCCCACAAAAUCUUUAUUAACUUCAGUGAGCAGUUCAGACAUUCUGCUGGAACACACGACAGCUAUUUCUAAUCAUUUAUUUUAGUAUGGUUAUUUUCUCAAGUAGUUUAAUUAAAGUAGCUCAGCCUAGACCUAACUUACCUAUUAAUAACUGCAGAAU